GAGGCAUUCUAGGGAGAUUUCCUUGGCAAUUCAAGUUCUUCCUCUAGCACAGGCAAUUUGCAAAGUAUUGCCAUGAUGUGUGAGGUAAUGCCUACCAUUAGUGAGGGUGACCCCUUAGGGCCACAACCAGGCUCUGAUUCUGAUGCCAACUUUGAACAGCUGAUGGUGAACAUGCUUGAUGAGAGAGAUAAACUGCUAGAGACUCUUCGGGAAACACGUGAGACACUGUCUGUGUCUCAGGGCCGACUGCAAGAGACUUUGCAUGAACGAGACCAAUUGCAGAGACAGUUAAACUCUGCUCUACCUCAGGAAUUUGCAACAUUGACCAGGGAACUCAAUGCAUGUCGAGAACAGCUGUUGGAAAGGGAAGAGGAAAUCUCUGAGCUGAAAGCAGAACGCAAUAAUACGCGGCUUUUGUUGGAGCACUUGGAGUGCCUGGUCUCAAGGCAUGAACGCUCUUUGAGGAUGACAGUAGUAAAGCGGCAAGCUCAGUCUCCAUCAGGUGUCUCCAGUGAGGUUGAAGUUCUGAAGGCCCUGAAGUCUUUAUUUGAACAUCACAAAGCAUUGGAUGAGAAGGUAAGAGAACGCCUAAGAGCAGCACUGGAACGAGUAGCAACACUAGAAGAACAACUAUCCAGUGCCCACCAGCAAAUAAAUGCUCUUCAGCAAGGAUCUUCCCAAAGGGAAGCACCUGUAGGGGAAGAUGAAAAAAGGACUGAUGGCAAAGAAUCUGGGCAAAAAAUGCUUUGGAAGGUACAUUGUGUAGAGCUAUACAGUCGAUUUGGUGUAGUGGAUGAUGGGGCAAGUCAGAUUGUGGAAUUGCAGGAGCUUCUAGAGAAACAAAACUUUGAACUAGCACAAACUAAAGAACGGUUAUCUGGUCUGGCUGCCAGUGUUGCUGAGCUUGAAGAAGAUCUAAGCACAGCCAGGAGGGACCUCAUCAAAUCUGAAGAAAUGAGCAACAAGUACCAGAGAGACCUACGAGAGGCUUUGGCACAAAAAGAAGACAUGGAGGAGAGGAUAACCACUCUUGAGAAACGCUACCUAGCAGCCCAGGAAGCCACUUCCAUUCAUGACCUUAAUGACAAGUUGGAGAAUGAGCUUGCCAAUAAAGAGUCUCUCCAUCGCCAGUGUGAAGAGAAGGCAAGGCAUCUUCAGGAGCUUCUGGAGCUGGCGGAGCAGAAACUGCAGCAGACAAUGAGGACGGAGACUCUGCCUGAGGUGGAAGCUGAGCUAGCACAAAGAAUAGCAGCUCUUACCAAGGCUGAGGAAAGGCAGGGCAGUAUCGAAGAACGACUGACACUGGAAACUCAGUUGGAGGAGAAGAACCAAGAAUUGGGAAGGGUAACCCAGAGACAAAAAAUGAACGAGGAACAUAACAAGAGGCUCUCUGAUACUGUGGACAGGCUGCUGAGUGAAUCCAAUGAGAGACUUCAGCUUCAUCAAGAAAGAAUGGCAGCCCUUGAAGAAAAGAACACGUUGUUGCAAGAAUUGGAAAAUACUCAAAAACAAAUUGAAGAGCAGCAGCAUGACAAGAGGAGGCUGUCUGAUGAAAUUGACAGAUUGAGGCUAGAAAUCGACCAGUUAAAGGCAAGAAGUGGACCUUUACUUGACAGUGUACAUACCAGGUCCCUUGUUGGAAGUACUCCUGAUCUCAGAUAUCCCCUGAGUACUAUGGUCCAUCCAUCCACGGACCCCUUUGCAACACCUUCUAGUCUUCAUCGGGCACCAAAGAGCCGUUUUGUAGCCCUGCAGGAAGAACCCUCCAAGGAUUGGGAGCAUGGUCAAACAAGUGGCAUCCUGAGUACUUCAGCUCACACUUUUGAUAGUGACCCAGAGAUUUCUGAUGUUGAUGAGGAUGACCAAGAGACAGUUUUCAGCUCUAUGGACAUGUUGUCUCCCAGUGGUCAUUCUGAUGCCCAGACCCUUGCCAUGAUGCUGCAGGAACAACUGGAUGCCAUCAACGAGGAGAUUAGAAUGAUCCAGGAGGAGAAAGAAUCAACUGAGCUGCGGGCUGAACAGUUAGAGAGUCGUGUCACCAGUGGUAGCAUGGAAGCCCUAAAUCUGACACAGUUACGCAAGAGAGCAUCCAUCCCCACAUCUUUAACUGCCCUGUCUCUGGCAAGCUCAUCUCCUCCUGUCAGUGGACGUUCUACUCCAAAACUCACCUCUCGCAGCACAGCUCAGGACCUUGAUCGGAUAUGCAGUAUGACCCUGCCAAGUGAUUUGAGGAAACACCGAAGGAAACUACUUUCACCAGCUGGUCGAGAUGAGAGUCGAGAAGAUAAAACAACCAUCAAAUGUGAGACUUCUCCUCCUUCUUCACCCAGAAGCCUUAGGCUGGAGAAACUUGGACAUCCUGCUUUUAGUCAAGAUGAGGCAAGAAGUUCUCUAGAGGAUCAAGCAAGUAACCCCAGCAGCAGUAAUAGCAGCCAGGAUUCACUGCAUAAAGGCUCCAAGAGGAAAGGCAUCAAAUCUUCAAUUGGACGCUUGUUUGGAAAGAAAGAAAAAGGGCGCUUAAUCCACCUGAGCAGAGAAGGCACUACUGGACAAGUUUUGCUAACAGAUUCAGAAAUGAACAUACAGGACUCUCUUGGUCUUGGCAAGCUAGGAGCACAAGCAGAAAAAGAUCGACGACUCAAAAAAAAACAUGAACUUUUGGAAGAUGCUAGAAGAAGGGGUAUUCCCUUUGCUCAGUGGGAUGGACCAACUGUGGUCUCCUGGUUGGAGCUUUGGGUGGGCAUGCCUGCCUGGUAUGUUGCAGCUUGCAGAGCUAAUGUGAAAAGCGGUGCAAUUAUGUCUGCCUUGUCAGAUACAGAGAUCCAGAGGGAAAUUGGAAUUAGUAAUGCCCUUCACAGGUUAAAACUGCGCUUGGCAAUCCAGGAAAUGGUGUCUCUCACAAGCCCUUCUGCUCCACCCACCUCCAGAACAUCAUCUGGAAAUGUCUGGGUUACUCAUGAAGAAAUGGAAACCAUAGCUCCUUCAACCAAAAUGGAUACUGAGGAAGGCAGUUGGGCACAGACUCUGGCUUAUGGGGACAUGAACCAUGAAUGGAUAGGGAAUGAAUGGCUUCCUAGUCUAGGUCUACCACAGUAUCGCAGUUACUUCAUGGAAUGUCUUGUGGAUGCACGAAUGUUGGAUCAUCUGACUAAGAAAGACCUUCGAGUACACUUGAAGAUGGUAGACAGUUUCCAUCGAACAAGUCUCCAGUACGGGAUUAUGUGCCUCAAAAGACUGAACUAUGAUAGAAAGGAACUGGAGAAGAGGCGGGAAGAAAGCCAGCAUGAAAUCAAAGAUGUGUUGGUUUGGACAAAUGAUCAAGUAAUACACUGGAUUCAAUCCAUUGGGCUUAGAGAAUAUGCCAACAACAUCAUUGAAAGUGGAGUCCAUGGUGCACUUAUUGCUCUGGAUGAAAAUUUUGAUUAUAAUAGCCUGGCACUUAUUUUACAAAUUCCCACUCAGAAUACUCAGGCACGACAGGUGAUGGAGAGAGAAUUUAACAAUCUUCUUGCCUUGGGUACUGACAGACGACUUGAUGAUGGUGAAGACAAGACAUUUCGGCGAACUCCUUCUUGGCGAAAACGUUUCCGCCCUCGAGACUUUCAUAGUAUCACCAUGGUUAGUGGAUCAGCAGAAACCCUUCCUGCAGGUUUUCGAGUGACCUCUUUGGUGCCUCUGCCACCUCCUUCAGCACCACCGAAGAAAAUGCCACCAGAAGCACAUUCCCACUAUCUUUAUGGUUAUAUGCUGGCUGCUUUCCGGGAGUAGGAGAUUAUGCCUGCUCCUUUAGCUCCAAAGAACAGAAGCUACUGGUCAAUCCUUUUAGGCCUCAUGGCCAGCAGAACUUUCUUCUUCCUGCUUGUAUACAACCCUUUGAUCUCCUGUUUGGUAUCAUUAAAUCCCAAUCAAAUCUUUCCCCUUGGCUUUAAAGAUACCCUCAUUGAGAAAGAGAACAGGCUUCUCUGUCUCUAAGUCUGCACUAUGUAUGACACCAUGAUUUGACAUAGGUUUGGUAAGAAGUGGGUGCACCUUAAUGCUGGUCUGCAGCAGUUCCUGCACCAUUGUCUGCCUGUGCUACACUCUGCCAUUAUGCCUGAGAGCAGCAGAAGCUGCUUGUUCCUACUGUACAGUUUGGACCUAAUAAGACAAUCACCAAGAAACAAGGCAAAUGAAGAUGGGAAAACCCAGCUCUGAACUCUUCCUCAGGUGCAUUGGGCUUCUGCUGGAGCUUCUCAUCGCACCACAAGACCACGGACAACAUAGGUCCUCAGUUAAGAAAUACCCAGGCUAGAAACAAAAUGGACUGGUGCUUGAUGGAGAGAAGGGAGAGGUUGGUUACCAAGCAAGUUUUGUAUGGGCUUUUCUUAGAUCCCAUGUUCAUGUAUGGAAGAAAAUUAAACCCGAUGAUGGGAAAGCAGAAGAUGUUUUUGGACAUCUCUGUUGGAUCUACCAGGAAUAAUCUAUCUUUUCCACAUAGACAGACAGAAAAAUCCCCUUUCCUUCUCUCUGCAUCUACAGGUAGCCUGUGAUCCCCACAAAAUUUUAGCUGUUACUAUUUCUCUCUCCUAGGGUAGGAUCUGUUUGUCUCUUCAUGAUGCCUUUUGCCUUGUGUGCCCCCCUAUUACUGAUGUGGUAUUUCUUGGUGGCUGGAAUGCCAUAUAUUCAUACAGUGCUGUUUGAAAGUGCAAUAUCCAAGAGACUGUACAGUUGCAAUGUCUUUUUUGGUGUACAACUUGCCUAAUACAGUAUUAAAUAUUUUUUUAAUUUACAAAGUAAGUGAUCCCUUUAUAUGAAUAAUCUCUUUCUUUUGUUAUAUUGGUACUGCAUGGAUUCCAAACCCUGCAAAUAGGUCAGGAAUGGGUGUAUGUGU